AUGAAAGUUGUUGAAAAGUUGCCAAGGCAUUUAAGGGACAACACUGAGCUGAAGGAAAGGUUCAAUAAUAUAGUGUGGUCGGAUCUUGUUGAGCCGCAUGAAUUCGAGCAGAAUUGGCAUCGUUUUAUGGAGGAGUAUGAUCUAUUUGAGAGUAGGUGGUUCACUGAUAUGUUUCACAGGCGUGCUAACUGGGUAUCUUCAUAUUUUCGUGAUGUCAAGAUGAGUGGUCUUUUUAGGACAACAUCUAUGUCAGAGAGCGAGAACAGUUUCUUUAGGCGCCAUUUUAAUAAAGAUGCAAAUGUGAUUCAGUUGUUCAUGCAUUAUGAAAGUGCUAUGGAUGCACAAUGCACUUCAUACGACACUAUCACUAUGGCUGAUGAAACCAGCUCAUUUGAUAUGUGCACAGACUUACGUAUAGAAGUUCAUGCUUCAAAUAUCUACAUGAACAAAAUGUUCAAGGAUGAGAUACAGCCUGAAAUUGUGGCUGCUGCUGUAUCUUGUCUGAUGGCACGCAUGUACGAUGAGGGUAAUCUCAGUUACUAUGAGGUUGACGACACAGUUCAUGGAGUAUUUAAAGUGUGCUACAGUUCUAUUGAUGAUCACUUCUCUUGCUCUUGCAAGCUGUUCAUCAGAAAGGGUUGGUUGUGCAAACACAUUUUCUUUGUCAUGCGAACAAGAAAAUUGAACAAGAUUCCUGAAAAAUAUAUUAUCGCACGCUGGACCAAACUUUCACAGAUGAGCCAAACCCCGCACGAACAGAAUGUGCCGGAGCCCGUGGUUGUGAAGGAUGACCUCCCAAUACAGAAAUUCUUUCUUGAAGUUUGUAAGAGUUUCGGCCACGUACGAGGGGAUUCUUCGCUGAGUCAGCAGCUAUACAACGAUUUGAAGGGUAUCACUGAGAAAUAUUCGAAGUUGGGAGUACCAUUUGAUUCAAUGUCGAAGCAUGCAAUGUUUGAAGAAUUUUAUGGUGUACCCAAACCUACUGAGGUUGAUGUAUUAUCGCCUCCUGUAGUGCACACUAAGGGCAGUGGCUGUGGUGGGAGGAGGAAAUCCACAAGCGAGAAAAUGAUUGAACAAGCACUCAAGCCUAAGAGGAGAUGCAGGAAAUGCAAUCAGAUGGUAAACCACGAUUCACGUAAUUGUCCUGGGAAGGAUGUUGCAGAUGAUUCAGUGGAUGUUUGA